GAGCUAGCCCAAAAUAGUUGUGGAGUGUCUAUAAAUAAUUAACUCUUGAACAUACUGAUCAAAAAACCAGUGCUGCUCUCUCUCUCUCUCUCUCUCAUGGCUUCCUUGGCUGACUUUGCAGACGAUAGCAAGGAAAUAUAUGUAGCUCUAAUGAGAGAAGAAGCAGACAAGGUGCUUGAACUCUGCAAAGAAUUUCAAGAUGGCCCGUUGCAUGUGAUAACCAUACACAAGGACACAGUCCUCCAUAUGGCCACAUACUCUAAACAAACUGACUUAGUGCUUGAGUUGCUGAAAAUGGUCUCUGCAAAUCAUCUUCACAAAAUGACACAUCAAAAUGGAGUUGGAAACACCAUCCUCCAUGAGGCUGCUACUUCCGACAAAUUACUCCCAGCUGCGAGGGAAAUGUUGCGCAUGGCACCCCGGUUGUUAGAUGUAUGCAACUGUUUCAAUGAGACGGCUCUUUACCGGGCAGCACGCUUUGGCAAACUGGAUAUGUUCAAGCUUCUUGAUCAUGAGGUCAACCAAAUCGGCAGAACUGUGAGAGACGUAGAAGCAUAUAGCAAGGCCUUUUAUCAAAAGAAGGACAAUGACACUAUACUUCACACGUCCAUUGUCAUGGAGGAAUUUCCCCUGGCCCUUUUGAUUGCCAAAGAGUAUGAAUACUUAAUCGGGGAACAGGACAGAGAUGGGAUGACUGCUCUUCAACUUCUUUCUUGCAAUCCAUCGGCUUUCAAAAAAAGUAGUAGAAGAUCCCUUAGGCGUCUCGUUUACUCUUGUGUUUCAAUUGAAGAAGACACAAUUGCAACAGAAGGGAAUUGGGAAGUGCCUUUGUGGGAAGCAAUUCGGAAGGAGAAGGAAAGAUAUAUAUCAGCUUUGAGGCUUGCCAAGUUCUUAAUAACGAAAGAUACAUCAUGGAGAGCUACUGAACGAGUGGAAGACCGGUAUCAUCCUAUGACCCAUGACUAUGGAGGAGAGACCUCUCUAGAAGAAAAAGAAGAGGAAGAGGAAGAGAAAGAGAAAGAGAAAGAGAAAGAGAAUGAAGUACAGAAACUACCAAUAAAUACUGAGACCAGCAUGAAGAGGGUUGCUGAAACGCCAUUGUUUUUGGCAACCAAGUCAGGAUGUGUGGAGAUUGUUAAAGAGAUACUCGAGCAGUACCCAUGGGCAGUUGAACAUAUUGAUAGCAAAGGGCGUACCAUGUUACAUGUAGCAAUAAAGUACCGCCAAAUAGAGAUAUUCAAUAUUGUGGAGAAAAUGGAAGUUCCAAUGAGGAGGCUGGAGCGAAAGAUCGACAACAAACUCAACACCAUUCUGCAUAUGGUUGGGAAAAAGAGAAGAGAUCAUACAGCUCGAGAGGUUCAGAGUGCUGCCCUUCAGUUGCGCGAGGACAUGCUCUUGUUUGAGCGUGUCAUGAAAAUCUGCCCUAGCCAUUUAAUAAAGCACAUCAACUUCGACGGACAAACUGCUGAAGAGUUAUUUGAAGUUAAAACCAAAAAACUUUGCCACGAGGCCAAAGAUUGGUAUAAGCGUACAGCAGAGCACUGCUCCCUUGUUGCCGUGCUCAUUGCCACCGUUGCCUUCGCUGCAGCCUACACAAUACCAGGAGGUCCCAAUCAAAAUACUGGUAUUCCACUUCUCCUCGAUCAACCUUUCUUCGUCGUGUUCACUAUGACCGAUGUCCUUUCCCUUACAUUUGCUCUGACAUCAGUGAUAAUAUUCCUGUCAAUCCUCACAUCUCCGUUUCGAUUAAAGGACUUCAAGCAGUCUCUCCCACAAAAUCUAAUGCUCGGUGUUACAUUUCUGAUCUUCUCGGUUUCAAUGAUGAUGUUGGCAUUUGCUGCAACUGUGAUUCUUAUGAUACAUAAUAGGGAGCAGUGGACAAAAAUUGCCUUGUACACUGCUGCUUUCCUCCCAGUCACCAUCUUCGCACUCUCAUACUUGCCUCUGUAUAUAUCGCUCAUGAAGACUCUCAAUUACUCAAUCAAGAAAAUAACCAUGAUUUUUCCUCAAUUCACCGGUGAUUCUGUUGUAUCUUGGGCUGCCAAUUCGUUUUCUCACAAAUUCAAGAUCACAAAUUCCUCAAAGCCCACUCAAAUUGAAACCUCCAGUUCGACAUGCCCUCCUAAAUCUAAAGCCUCUCAUACUUUAGUUUGAAUGGCAUGAAGGAAUCUUAUUUUAGUACUCUUUUAGCAACACCUUGCCCAUGAUCUCAGAGAUUGUUCAGACUCCCAGCGAAAUAUCUAUGGAUAUUUUAUUUCCAUCUGUUCUUUUUCUAGCCGUUGAAGUGUAUCACAAACUGCACGUAUUUUACUUGUGUUGUUGUAGAUUUUCUUUAUAUCUUAUUUUGGAAAGCAAAAAAUAAUGGAAAGUUUGAAAA